AUGAGCUUAACCGAGAAUGACAAACAUACGGAGUUUGAAAUCAAGGACACGAGAGGUAAGACUUUCACUGUUACUCAUGACAUCAGUCUCAAUACAUCUACAUGUUCGUGCAAGCACUUUGAAUUGUAUGGGUGGUUGUGUAGUCACGUGUUCGCUGUUCUAAGAAAUUUGGACUCGAAAAUUAUACCAUCAGCAUAUAUACUAUCGAGAUGGACAAAGACGGCUAUUAAUAAUCCCUCGCACAAUGUUCUCACUGAUGCCGCUGCAAAAUUUGCACGUACUGAUGAUAAGAAACACUUGAUGAACAAAUUGUGGUCGGAUAUACAUAUAUGCAUGGGGUUGGCGGAGCCUUGCAUUGACCGGCUCACAGUUUUUUCCAAUAUCAUAGAAGCACAAAAGAUUAAGUUGAUGUAUGCUCAAGAAGGGGGCACGAAGAUCAUUGAUAGAGAGCACCAGUUUGAGUCUUUUGUUGGCACGUCGGCACCUACAGAAGUAAGCAUUAACCCUCCAUCGGUUUCUAAAAACAAAGGUAGUGGCAAGCGUAUAAAGAGUGCGAAAGAAAAGGCAAUUGAAAGUUCACAAAAGAAGAGAAGAGUUUGCAAGUCGUGUGGCGAAAGGUCAGGACACAACGGGCGCACGUGCCCCAAAAAUUUGUAG